CGUAUUCGUCCGACUGAUUGCGCGACGCGAAAAUUUCCGGUCGAUAUCUCGUCUAUCAUAAAUACGCGGUCAACAUUGGUGUCGCGUGUUGUGCUACUUGCAACGAUUCCGAUCUUCCGCGUCCAGCAAACAAGUGGCUGAUCGAAUAAACAACAACGAAUGGAGGAACGAAAAUUAAAGCGUGGGGGGAUGGCGUUGUCUCGAUAUCGUUGAUCUAACCAAGAGUAAGGAUUUAGUUUACGAUACGCAAUGGACGCUUCGUCAUCUACGAAGGCAAUGAUCGAGCUGUUCAAACAACUGCUCGAAAUUCUCGAGGAAGAAAAUGCGUUCGAUCGUACGGGCAACGAACCACUCGUACGAUUUGUUCAUCCGCACGAAUUGCAAGAACGAUUACCAAUCAAACUGACCGAUGAACCAGCUGAUAAAAAUGAAAUCGAAAAUGCGAUCCGACAAACGAUUCGAUAUUCCGUCAAAACGUACAGUCCACACUUUCAUAAUCAACUCUACGCUGGCGUUGACGAAUAUGGCCUAGCUGGAUCUUGGUUGACGGAUAUGUUCAAUACAAGCCAAUACACGUACGAGGUAGCUCCUGUAUUUACUUUGAUGGAACGACAAGUGAUAGAAAAAACUUUGGAAUUGAUCGGAUAUCCGUCCAUGCCGGACGGAGAUGGAAUUCUCUGUCCUGGCGGUAGUAUCUCCAACAUGUAUGGCAUGGUGCUGGCUAGAUAUAAAAUGAUUCCGAACGUUAAGAAGAAGGGUCUCGCGGGACUUCCACCGCUCGUUUGUUUUACAAGCGAGGCUGGCCAUUAUUCGAUCUCGAAAGGUGCUCAUUGGUUAGGCUUAGGAACCGAUCAUGUUUACAAGAUAAAGUGCGACGAAUUGGGACGUAUGCGACCGGACGAAUUGAAAGCCGCCAUAACAGAAGCCAGAAAACAAGGUCACUUACCGUUCUUCGUGAAUGCCACUUGCGGCACUACUGUUCUCGGGUCUUUUGAUCCAUUGCCGGAUAUCGCAGCUAUCUGUCGUGAGGAAAAUUUAUGGUUACACGUUGACGCAUGUCUCGGUGGUACGUUAUUGUUUUCGGAAAAGUAUCGAGAUCGAUUAAAAGGAAUCGAACUAUCCAACUCCGUGGCGUGGAAUCCUCACAAGACACUCGGUGCCCCGUUGCAAUGCUCAUUGUUUCUGGUCAAAGGUAAAAACAUUUUACACGAGACAAAUUGCGCGGGAGCAAAGUAUCUGUUUCAACAAGACAAACAUUAUGAUGUAUCUUGGGACACGGGUGACAAAAGUUUGCAGUGUGGGAGAAAGGUCGACGGAGCCAAGUUUUGGCUGAUGUGGAAAGCACGUGGGACCAAAGGGCUUCGUGAAUCCGUGGAACUUGCUAUAUCGGCUGUUGAAUACUUUAUCGAUCGAAUUCGAAAUCGCAGCGGAUUUCGCUUGGUACUUCCUCAGUACGAAGGUUGUAACGUUUGCUUUUGGUAUAUACCACCGAGCAUGCGAGAUCAACCAGAGACUGAAGAAUGGUGGGAUAAAUUAUACGAGAUUGCGCCUAAAAUUAAGGAACGUAUGAUGACGAAUGGAACGCUAAUGAUCGGAUAUAUGCCACUAUCGUUUAAGAAACUUGGAAACUUUUUCCGCAUGGUGAUCAACUGUCAACCACCACCCAGCAAAGCUUCGAUGGAUUACGUGAUCGACAAGAUCGAAGAAUUGGCCGUUGAUUUGUAAACAUUAAUUUGGAUCAAUGUCCACAUACUCUAAACGAGAAAGAAAGAUGAGGAGAAAAUGAAUUCGCCCGGUUUAAUUUAUUAUUAAGCGAGCUCAUCUCGUUUUAACAUUUAUUACAAUUAUCGCGUGAUACUAUGCCACGGCAUGAAGCGUUUACAAAAAAUUCGUCGACUCGAAAUAAUUCGAAUCGAAAACUCCCGGCUGAAUCGAGUCUUUGAAAAAGCUUGGUCAUUUUUUUACGCCGAAUCGCGACGCGCAUAUAUGAAUAUUUUUAUCUCUCUUUCAUUUUCGAUUAUCCUUCUUUCCAUACAUAUAUAACAUACUCGACGCAUAACCACGACUCAAUGUGAGCCAAUUAAUGAAAAAUCACACGCUCUCCGCUAUAUUCGCAUGAACGCACAUACGCACACACUCUCGUCCACAAUCUCUCGCUCAUAUAUUUUAUAAUCGCACACGCAUUUAAAUGCACACACACGUAAUAGGUACAAUUCGAUACGUUACACGCACGUAUUAUUUAUCGUUCGUCUUUAACGAUUAUUGUAAAAUGAUGCAAGCGUUCGUCGUAACGAUGGCACUGAAUCAUGAUUGACGCGAAAAUCAGACGCGUGUCCGUCACAAAAUAAAACUGUAUAAAACAGGAUAAA